GAGAAAAAAAAAAUACUCAUUACCUACUCUUUGGCUAGAAUACCUAAAAAAACUACAGCUAGGCUUGAGGCCACGCAUUAGGCUUUAAAGCAUAACUGCUAGAUUCUAGGAAAAGUUGUGUAAAAUCGUGUGAUACCAUUAAAACGAUUCACAGCAUAUAUUGUGUACUUUGUCAUUUUACUAAAAAGUUAAUUUAAUUCUAUAACCAUGACUUCCAACGAGAACCAAGCUCGGUCAAAUUUACAUCAGCAAGAUUUAUCUAAACUGGAUGUCACUAAAUUAUCUGCCUUGUCACCUGAAGUAAUAUCCAGACAGGCCACUAUUAACAUUGGAACCAUAGGACAUGUAGCUCACGGAAAAUCUACUGUGGUCAAAGCAAUUUCUGGAGUACAAACUGUUAGAUUCAAGAAUGAAUUGGAAAGAAAUAUUACUAUUAAAUUGGAACGGCUGACCGACUCAGUGGUAAGAAUGUACCGCCAGAGAUCAGAUGAAAGAGAAGAAAAUACAUUUCUAGAAAAUAUGAAAAGAGCCAAAAAAAGAUCUUUGUUUCCUGCCAUGGAGGCAACACCUGCAGCCAAAAAACAAAAAAGACAAGGGCCAGAAGAGUACAUUAUAGAAAAAAUAGUGGAUUUUAAGUAUGAAUCUGGCCAAGAAAUGUUUUACAUUAAAUGGAAAGGCUGGAAUAAUAAUGCAAACACGUGGGAACCAAUUGCGAAUCUUGAUAACUGCCCUGAUAUACUUAAGGAAUUUGCAGAAAAUGAAGAGCUCAAACACUAUGAUAAAAUGGAAAAAUUGAAGGAGGAGAUUUCUUUUGAGGAUUUGCUAAGUGAAAAGAAUCUUGUUGAUAGAAUGUACGAGGUUGAAGAAUCAGAUCUUACAAAAUUAAAAGUAAGCCUAAUACUUAAGUUGCUAUCCAUGAUUAAUUUGCCAGAACAUGAGGAGCUUCACGUGUCUGAUCUAGUUCAGGAGACGAGGUGUACCUUACAACUCUAUGUUUCAACUCGCAGACGAUGUAGACAAAUGAUGGCAAUCAAACAUUGGGAAGAGCAUUUGAACCAAAUUGAUAAGGCCAAAAGGUUGUCUGUGGAGAACGAUGUUGAUCUUACUGGCCCUCCAGAAAACUUUAAUUACAUAAAUGAGUCAAUACCUGGCGCUGGUGUUACUAUUCCAAACGAACCACCCAUAGGUUGUGAGUGUGUUGCUUGCAACUGCAGAGCUAAAGCAUGUUGUGGUAUGCAAGCAGGCCUGUUUGCAUACACAGUCCAAAAAAGACUCCGUGUAGCCCCAGGAACACCAAUAUAUGAAUGCAAUAAGGCAUGCAAAUGUUCUUCAGAAUGCAGCAAUCGAGUGGUACAAAAAGGCAGAAAUGUGAAACUUACCAUAUUUAGAACACCGAAUGGUUGCGGAUGGGGUGUCAGAGCUGAACAAAAAAUCAAGCAGGGCCAAUUUGUAUGCCAGUAUGUAGGUGAAGUAAUUACAUUUGAAGAGGCGGAAAAACGAGGAAAGGAGUAUGAUGCCAAUGGAUUGACAUAUUUAUUUGAUCUGGACUUUAAUUCUUGUGAGAAUCCCUAUGUGGUUGAUGCAUGCAAUUUGGGAAACGUGUCGCAUUUUAUAAAUCAUUCAUGUGACCCAAACUUAGGGGUUUGGGCAGUAUGGGCUGAUUGCCUAGACCCAAACCUACCAAUGCUAGCUUUGUUUGCUUCAAGGGACAUUGAUGCAGGGGAAGAAAUAUGUUUUGACUAUUUGCAAAAGUGUAAUGACAACGAUGAAGAACUGAAGACUCCUGCUGUAUCUAAGGAUACUGCUGAAGAUGAUAAUGCCUGUGUUCCGAGUGCUUCCGAAGCAAACACGGCUACAUCUUCAGCAUCUCCCAUCAAGUCUCGCUUUGAAAUACAGCAACAGAAUAUCACAUCACUUAAAAACCGCACUGAAUGUAAAUGUGGAUCGAUUAAAUGUCGAAAAUAUUUAUUUUAAUGGUUAAUUUAAUUGAGACUUAAGUUUUAAAAUUGGGAAAAGCAAUUUUCUUAUAUCUUGUUCUGUUUAAUUGAUAUUGCAGUCACCUUCAUAAUGUUAAUACAUAUUAAAUUAAUAUUUUAAACAUUUAUAAUUCUGUUACAGAAGUGAAUGUUCUUAUAAUAAUCUUAAUCUUUAUAAUAAUGUUUAUUACAUUUUACAAAAAUUUACAUUAAAAUGUAAAUCUCAAUUAAAUACAUUGUUUUCCAUUUGAGAGGUAUCAUAGUAAAGUUCCUAUGUACUUCAAAAUCACAUUUUGGAAGAAGAAAAUGUAAAUUAAGGUGGUGAUUUAAGUGCCUAGUAUUAUAAAAAAUGUGUGUAGGUAUGCUUUUGCAUUGCUUUAUAUUUAAAUAAAUGAUUUCAGAUUAUUAUGUGAGAGUAGUAGUACAUUUAAUAUUUUAUGUUUUUAAAAGUUUUGUUAUUCAAGUAUGACACAUUAAGUUUUUAGAAAAUGUCAGAAGCUUAUAAGUAUUUCAUUAUUCAUAGUUGACUAAAGUCUACUUUUUAAUCCCAGAGACGAAAAUGAUGUUUCCUGUGUUGUCUGUUUUUUUACGAUUCUUUAAUAGCAAUGUUAUGCAAUCCAUACUUAGGGGUAAAUUUUUAUAGGAAUUCUUGUUGUGAGACAACAAAAUGUGUUGAAAAUAACUCCAAGUCAAAUGAAAUAAAUAUGGCUUGAUUCUGAAUUUAUUACUUUUACAUAUUAUUGAAAAAUUCCUUAGGUGAUUUUUUUUUAAUUUUUUGUUAUUAAUUAUUCCUUAAGUCUUUCAAAUAAUAUGUGAUUAGUGCUACUUUUCAAUCUCUUAAUUACAUAUAUCGUAUGUUUAUUUUACUCAUGCAUGAAAUAUUAUUUUAUUGAUGAUUUUAACCUAAACCAGAACAAUGAGGACAACACUAUUUUUGUUAAGCUGGUAUCAUUAUUUUUAAGUUUGACAUUUCUAGUUGUCAUGUUGGUCUCUGGGAUUAAAAAAUAGACUUUAAGAGGGCUCUCUCCUUCACUCGCUUCUACUCGCUUCAUACAAUCGUAGUUCCAAUUUCAUUUGAAUAUUAAG